AUGUCAGUUGUAUUAUGUAAAUGGUUUACUGUUGUAGUCUUUACAUCGAUAUCAUUAGCUAUUUUGGUCGUAUUAUCAGUUGGAGUACGUAAUGAUAAACCAACAAUUAAAACACUUAUUCUCCAAUGGAACAGUUUCCUCUACCAGGUGAAUUUGAUUGAUGGUGUAAGGUUCACGAAACGAUUUACAAUAAAUUGUGAGCUCAGGGAAAAAACAAGACUUACAAUUUGUCUUGAAUAUAUAACUCAACCUAUUCAUUAUAAUAAUAAUAUCUGGGAAGGAGGGUUUUCGCCAGCUAAUUUAUCAUUUUCCAGCUCUUCUCAAUAUCAAGAAAUAAUUCUUUUCAUUACAAUUACUGAUCCGUCAUAUAAUUAUACUGUGUAUUUUAAUACAGUAGCUAUUAAUAUGCACGAUUCAGAAUAUCUUCCGUUUGACGAUCCAUAUAAGAAUACAUCUAAUAGUGUCUAUUCAGCUUUUAACACGGCAAUUGAACACAGAAACGAACAUGGCUUGGGAGUAACAAAGAUGCGUUCCCGAUUAUUAUACAUUAACAUCACGGGUUCCACAUACCUAUUGUAUGACAAGACAUGUUUUUAA